UGGACGCGUUACACGAAAUGAGCAACGAUUGCCUUUCCCGCCCUCCCCCGCCGUGGGCUAUAAAUAAGAGGAGACCAGAGUACGGAGAAAGCUACUGUCGUCUUCUCUUUUUGUGCCGCAGGCGAAUUUUAGGGCAUUUUGAGUUUUCGAGUUCGAGGCUGAGGAAAAAGUUUCGAAACCCUAAUGCAGCAGACGAUCCUCUGACAUCAAAUGGCAGACACAGAGAAAGAGAAUUCUAGUGCUGAAUCAAAGAAGAAAAGUGCAAUGCUUGAUGAAGAUUUUGGGAAGAAAUCAAGCAAAUGUGCUGAUAGCAAUGCAUCUGAUUGUUCUUUUAAGCAUGUGAAGAACCAGGACUCUAGGAGUAACUCUAAAACAAGAACUGAUGCAAUCAAAGAUCUGGAAAAUAAAAAACCGCUCAUGCCCUCACAUCAAAAUGGCUCCUCGACUGAAAGUAUUGACAGAGAUCCUGAUCAUCAAGGAUGGCUUCAACUCAAGAAGAGAAAACGGAGAGAAAUUCCCGAGGAAAGGAAGAGGCGUAGAUUAGGACACAGGGGAAAACCAUCUCAAGCUGUUGGUGCAACUAAAUUACCUCAAUCUGUGUCUAGCUGUAGGCGAGAUCAAGAUAAGAACGGAGUUAGUUUAUUCUUUAGAAAACAUGAGUUUCCUCUUAUCAUGUCACACUGGCAGAUAAUACAGCUUGUUUCAAGCACACAUCCUGGGCGCUUUUUCGCUUGGGUCAUUGCUGAUGGAAUAAUGAACAAAAUCUCUAUAACUGUUCCUAGAGUGUUUUAUCUCAAUUCUAAAACGCCUGUUACUGAAGAAUUUCCAGGAAGACGUGUUAAUAAGAUUCUUCCUCAUAGCAGACCAAUUUUCAAUCUAACCGAGAUUUGCAUAGAUGAAGAUCUAUUCAGGGCGGAAAGCAGAAAACUUGAUAUUCACCUAGCCGUUCCAGAAGUCGAGGGGAUAUAUGAAACUAAGGUUCCAUUAGAAUUUAAUGCAAUCCUCCAGAUUGGUUGUGUU